AUACAAGAACUGAUUUUGUUUUGGCUUAUCAUGUGUAAAUCAGUUUAUCUACUGGUAAUGAAAAGAACAGAAGUGCGCGUGGUUCGCUUUUAACGCGUAUGUUUAGGGUGAAUUCAAUCAUUGAAUUAGACGCAAUGGUAAACGAAAGAGUUCAGAUGCAUCUGAGGUUCUAAAAGGAAACGAAACACACAUUCUACAAAGGUUCACUCGUAAAGAUGCGGCAGGAGGAAAGUUUAUUUGUCAAUCGGAUCGGUAGUAAUAUAACUCUUGUUGUCUUGGUGGUUUUGUGUUGGAGUCCAGUGGCGCAGCUGAAGGGACCGAGCACAACGCAUGCCCAGGACACUGUCUCGGUUUCACUACCGGGAGACAUAAUUCUUGGUGGUCUUUUUCCCGUCCACGAGAAGGGCGAUGGUGCUCCAUGUGGACCAAAAGUGUACAAUAGAGGAGUUCAGCGCCUGGAGGCCAUGCUGUAUGCAAUAGAUCGCGUAAACAAUGAUACCAACAUACUUCCGGGUAUUACCCUAGGUGUUCACAUACUGGAUACCUGCUCCAGAGACACCUAUGCUCUGAACCAGUCGCUGCAAUUCGUGCGGGCCUCCCUUAACAACUUGGAUACCUCUGUUUUUGAAUGUUCUGACACAUCAAGCCCGCAGCUAAGAAAAAAUGCAUCAUCGGGUCCUGUUUUUGGAGUUAUUGGCGGUUCCUACAGCUCAGUGUCAUUACAAGUAGCCAAUCUGCUGCGUCUUUUUCAUAUACCGCAAAUCUCACCUGCAUCAACCGCUAAAACGCUUUCAGAUAAAUCACGCUUUGAUCUGUUUGCUCGAACAGUGCCACCAGAUACCUUUCAAUCCGUCGCCCUGGUAGAUAUAAUCAAGAACUUUAACUGGUCCUAUGUAUCCACUAUUCAUUCAGAAGGCUCUUACGGGGAAUACGGGAUUGAAGCAUUUCAUAAGGAAGCAACCGAGCGGCACGUGUGUAUAGCUGCUGCCGAAAAGGUGCCCAGUGCUGCAGAUGACAAAGUUUUCGACUCCAUUAUUAGUAAGCUGCAAAAGAAGCCGAACGCUCGGGGUGUUGUGCUUUUUACGCGGGCUGAAGAUGCGCGCGGUAUUCUGCAAGCAGCAAAGCGGGCCAAAUUGACACAACAGUUUCAUUGGAUUGCUAGUGACGGCUGGGGAAAGCAGCAGAAACUACUGGAGGGCUUGGAGGAGAUAGCGGAAGGGGCUAUUACCGUAGAGCUGCAGUCGGAGAUCAUCGAGGACUUCGAUCGUUAUAUGAUGCAGCUCACGCCACGGACGAAUCAGCGCAAUCCCUGGUUUGCUGAGUACUGGGAAGAUACAUUUAAUUGUGCAUUGACACAAGUUUCGACCGGACUUGAUGCACCCGAUAUCAAUGCAAGUGCUAUACAGAACGAAGGCAAGAUUAAACAAACUUGCGACAAAAGCCUACGGCUGUCAGAGAAAGUCGGAUACGAGCAGGAGUCAAAGACCCAAUUCGUAGUGGAUGCAGUGUAUGCAUUUGCCUACGCACUUCAUAAUCUACACAACGACCGGUGCAAUACACAAAGCGAUCAAACUACAGAGCAGCAAAAGCACCAACACAGUGAAUCUGUGUGGUACAGGAAGCCGAUUGACAGCAAGUCCCAGGCAUGCCCCGAAAUGGCCAGCUAUGACGGAAAGGAUUUUUAUAACAAUUACCUGCUGAACGUGUCAUUUAUAGAUCUUGCUGGUAGCGAAGUAAAGUUUGAUCGCCAAGGUGAUGGACUGGCCAGAUACGAUAUUUUAAAUUAUCAACGCCUUGAAAACUCUUCAGGAUAUCACUAUAAGGUUAUCGGCAAAUGGUUCAAUAGUCUCCAACUGAAUUCGCAAACUGUUGUAUGGAAUAAGGCCGCUGAUCAACCAACAUCAGCUUGUUCCUUGCCAUGCGAGGUGGGAAUGAUUAAAAAACAACAGGGAGAUACUUGUUGCUGGAUAUGCGACAGCUGCGAGUCAUACGAGUAUGUGUUUGAUGAUUUUACAUGCAAAGACUGCGGCCCAGGCCUGUGGCCGUACCCCGACAAACUUUCCUGCUUUCCUUUGGACAUUGAGUAUAUGCGAUGGAACUCCCUAUUCGCCCUCAUUCCCAUGGCCAUUGCUUUAUUAGGCAUAGCACUGACCAUCAUUGUCAUAGUUCUGUUCGCCAAAAACCACGACACGCCCCUGGUGAGAGCAUCCGGUCGGGAGCUUAGUUACACGCUUCUGUUCGGCAUAUUGGUGUGCUACUGUAACACUUUUGCUCUGGUCGCUAAGCCCACUAUUGUGUCCUGCGUGCUUCAGCGGUUUGGUAUCGGUGUUGGGUUUUCUAUUAUUUAUAGUGCACUGCUUACGAAAACAAAUCGUAUUUCUCGCAUUUUCCACUCUGCAUCCAAGUCAGCCCAACGCCUCAAGUACAUUAGCCCACAGUCGCAGGUGGUCAUAACAGCAUCCUUGAUCGCAAUACAAAUUCUGAUCACAAUGAUCUGGAUGGUAGUGGAGCCACCUGGAACACGUUUUUACUAUCCAGAUAGGACGGAGGUGAUACUAAAAUGCAAAAUACAGGAUAUGUCCUUUUUGUUUUCGCAGCUAUACAAUAUGAUUCUCAUUACAAUCUGCACCGUUUAUGCAAUUAAAACUAGAAAAAUACCAGAAAAUUUCAACGAAUCAAAGUUUAUUGGAUUCACUAUGUAUACCACUUGCAUUAUCUGGCUAGCCUUUGUGCCCAUUUACUUCGGCACUGGAAACUCCUACGAGAUACAAAUUACCACCUUGUGCAUUUCAAUAAGUCUUAGUGCUUCAGUGGCACUAGUAUGUCUCUACUCACCAAAGGUAUACAUCCUAGUCUUCCAUCCGGACAAAAACGUGCGAAAGUUGACAAUGAACAGCACCGUCUAUAGACGAUCGGCCGCAGCUGGGGCCCAGGGUCCGCCAACUAGUUCCGGAUACAGUCGCACGCAAGCUCCGGGAAUACCAUUGCCAACGGCUGGUACAGCAGGUACUACGGCAACUUCUAGUGACCGGCCAUCGCAAAACAGCCCGAGGCCAGGACUGGACCUAGACCUGGACCAGAGUCAAACGAACAUUGUCCACAGAGGCAGUACCAGCAAAAAUAGCGAUCCAGAUUCAGAGGAAUGCGACAACAUUGAGCCAUCCUGUAUCCGUGUUAAGGACUAAAACUCUAGUCCUGGAAUCUGGAACUCGCGUCCUUUUGAUCAACGAUUAAUACAUUCAAAUAUAUAUCGAUAGCCUAAUUCAAAAAUUAUACAGCUUUAUCUGUGGGAAAUGUUAAAUUUGAAUUAGAUUUGAGUUUGCUACAUACAUACAUAUGUUUUCAGAAAUAUCAUACGAUCCAAACACAGACGAGUGGGCUAAUAUCUAAUGACCCAUGCAUCUAGUCGAACUAGUAUUACCAAUACAAUUUAAGAAUCUUGUUACCGCA